AUGGUGACCGUCGUUGCCGCGUGGAAGAGCUCGCGGUCCUUGUCUUCGCACGGCGUCCCCAACUGCAUCCAUGGCCGGUUUGGGUGCUUCCAGGAGAGCCAGAGCCAGCGCAGCCUCGGUGCUCUUGCGAACCAGGGGCAAGUCUGGGAUGCCCAGACCAGCCCGAUCCACCGGAGAUGUGACCACUCUCCAGUUCACCUUGCACUUGCCGCCGAGUUUGGGCUCCCUCCUGAAGGCAAUAAGCAGGAGGCCGGCCCACGUACGAGGCCCAUCUACAAGGAAACGAAACGGAGCACAACUAGUGACGUGGCUCAAGAUGAAUGGGGGAGGAAGCGUCACGGCUCACGCGGCGAAGCUUCUAGCGUCUGGCGACCCGAGUCUACAAAGGGAUAUUUUCGCCUUGGUUUCGUUUCCGUUUCUCCUCCGUUUCAUACUCGUUGGCUGUUAGCCACCCAGGCGACACGGAACCCUAGCCGCCGCCGUAUGCCGAACCCCACGCCGUACGCCUCCCUCCUCAAUGACGCCCCUCCCGCCGACGUCGACGGCGCCGACGCCGACCUCGACCUCUGCCCGGACGGCGGCCUGUGCUGGCCGGACGACCCGCUAGAGACGGUCAUAGGCUACGUGUCCAUGCUCGACGACGGCUUCUUGGAGGGCCUCGGGCUGGGCUCCCUGCCGCCGCGGGGCCCCGUCGGCGACGGCAAAGACUACCCCGGGGGUUCGCUGGCGGGCAUGAAGGCCGACGCGGACCUCAGUUCGCCGGCGGAGGAGGGACCUCUGUCUCUCUCUGACGCCGGCGCCCCCGGCGGCCGGAAGAGGAGCGCGUUCUACGUGUUCGACAGUAAGCCGGAGGGGUUGCCGCCGGCGCGAGCGCGCUCGCUGUCGUGCAGCACGACGACAACUUCGUCGUCCACCGCGUCCGGGACCCGCAGCCUCUCGCCCACACCCGGCGGGACCGAGGCGCCGCGGGAGCCUGCCUCCGAGGAUGAGGACCUGCGUUGGAAUUUGCCGAGGAAGCCGCACCACCGACGGGCCGUCCGCAGGCGCGCCGCCUACCCGUCCUGGUCUUUGGCUCUCCCGCCCGAGCUCAUGUCGGCCCCAGCCUACGACUGUCACGGUGACAGCAUUGCCAACGACGACAAAGACAAAGACUACGUGCUCAGCCACUGCAAGAACGGCCGCCGCGGCAAUGGUGGUCCACGCCGGGCCGGGCGGCAGCAGAAGAAAACGGAAGGUAAGAUUUGCACCCACUGCCGCGUGGAGGACACACCGCAAUGGCGGACCGGGCCGGCCGGGAGCGGCACGCUGUGCAACGCAUGCGGCAUCCGGUACAAGAUGGGUAAGCUAUUCCCUGAGUACCGCCCGUCGACGAGCCCCGAUUUCAGCAGCCUCGAGCACUCUAACCGCCACAAGAACGUGGAAAGAAUCAGGGAUCGGAAGAAGAAGUUGAAGGUGAUGUCUCCCGAGGUGCCGGGCAUGCUUCAAGCUAAUAAUACGAAAACUAUUCUCCGUGCUUAG